AUGUUCUCGGGGAACCACUGGGGAGGCUCGUUCGAGAUCAUCGAUGGCGCUGACGACGACGACAAGGGCCACCGCGACGGCGGAGAUGUCGACCGGGGGGCGGCGGCGCGUCGGGAACUAGACGAGACGCAGAAGAGCUGGCUGCUGGGGCCGCAGGGCGGCGGCGCCGCCAAGAGGAAGGAGAAGUACGUUGACCUCGGCUGCGUCGUCUGCAAGCGGAAGGUGAUCCGGUGGACCUUGUGGGCCGCCGUGAUCUUCUUCUUCGUCGUUGCCCUCCCCAUUAUCAUCGUCAAGUCGCUCCCCAAGGGAAAGCCCCAGGUGCUUCCCCCUGAUGACUACUCCGUCGCGCUCCGCAAGGCCCUCCUGUUCUUCGACGCCCAGAAAUGUGAGAACCAACAAAACCUCUCACCUCCCCCUCUUGGGCUAUCCCUCUCUCUCUCUGUGCGGGUGUGAGAAUUUACUUCAGUUCUUGCCGUCGCCAGCCGGCCGGUUGCCGAAGAACCACAGGGUGGCAUGGCGGGGAGAUUCGGGCCUGAGCGAUGGGUCGACGUUGCCGGAUGUGAAGGGGGGGCUCGUCGGCGGCUACUACGAUGCCGGCGACAACAUAAAGUUCCACUUCCCCAUGGCCUUCUCCAUGACUCUCUUGAGCUGGUCCGUGAUCGAGUAUAGUCACAAAUACAAAGCCAUUGGAGAGUACGAUCACAUUAGAGACAUCAUCAAAUGGGGCACCGAUUACCUCCUCCUGACUUUCAACUCUUCCGCCACCGUCAUAGAUAAGAUCUACAGCCAGGUAAGAAGUGGACAUUUCUCUCUCUCUCUCUCUCUCUCUCUCUCUCAUCGUUAUCAGGCGUACUGCUAGGUGGGCGCGGCGAAGAAUAUGUCUACGACCCCGGACGAUCACUACUGCUGGAUGAGGCCGGAGAACAUGGACUACGAGCGACCAGUGCAAACAAUCACUUCGGGGCCCGACCUGGCCGGGGAGAUGGCGGCGGCAUUGGCCGCCGCCUCCAUCGUCUUCCGAGACGAUGACGCCUACUCGAAGAAGCUCGUCAUCGCGGGGGCGGCGCUCUUCCGGUUCGCCCGGAGCAACGGGCGGCGGAGCCGCUACUCACUGGGGAGACCCGAGACGGCACCGUUCUACAACUCCUCCGGCUACUACGACGAAUAUAUGUGGAGCUCGGCGUGGAUGUACUACGCCUCCGGCAACUCCAGCUACCUCUCGCUGGCCACAAACCCUGGCAUCCCUAGGAACUCCAAGGCCUUCCUCUCCAUUCGCGACCUCAACGUGUUCAGCUGGGACAACAAGCUCCCCGGAGCGGAGCUGCUACUGACCAGGCUCAGGGUCUUCCUCAGCCCCGGUUUCCCCUACGAGGAAAUGCUCAGCAGCUACCACAACGCUACCACUCUCAACCUCUGCUCCUACCUCCCCCAAUUCAACGUCUUCAACUUCACAAACGGUGAGCCAUUCACUCUUCCCCUCCGCCCAAAACCCUAACGAUUACUUCCCAGUGGCCUCAUUCUUCCUUCACGGCCGCCGGCAGGGGGAAUGAUUCAGCUGAAUCACGGGAGGCCGCAGCCAUUGCAGUACGCCGUGAAGGCCGCCUUCUUGGCCUCCCUCUACGCCGACUACCUUGGCGCACUCGGCAUCCCCGGUUUCAACUGCGGCCCCUACUACUUCAACGCCGAUACCCUCCGCAGCUUCGCCACCUCACAGGUUGAACCCACCGGCGACUCUUCUGCACACUGCAGCGUUGAAGGGUUUCUGAACUGCCUUAUUCCCCCUCAUUGCAGGUUGACUACGUCCUGGGGAAGAACCCUAGGAAGAUGAGCUACGUGGUCGGCUACAGCGCCAAGUAUCCGCGCCAUGUGCACCACCGCGGCGCGUCAAUUCCCCGCGCCAGCGGGAAUUAUUCCUGCACCGGCGGCUGGAAGUGGCGCGAUGCCCGCUCGCCGGACCCCAAUGUUAUCACCGGCGCCAUGGUCGGAGGGCCGGACAGGUUCGACGGCUUCUCCGACAGCAGAUCGAACUACAACUACACAGAGCCGACGCUAGCCGGGAACGCGGGGCUGGUGGCGGCGCUCGUCUCGCUCACGGGCAGCGGCGGCAGUGGGAUUGACAAGAACACCAUCUUCUCCGCCGUGCCGCCGUCCUUUCCGGCGAGCCCGUCUCCUCCCCCGCCAUGGAAACCGUGA